GAAUUCUAAAUGUUCAACGUCAAAAAAUGGGAACUUAUGUUUUCAACUCAACAGAACAUCUCUAAGCCAGUGGCAGUUUCAACGUUAUGUAAAACUGAGUGUGCUGAAGCAAGUCAAGGUGGCCGUGAAGCAGAUGAAAAUUUGGAAUAACUUGAUAAUAUUAAUGAAGAUAAAAGCCCCGAGGAAUCUUUGUAACCUUAAGAUCUCUUGGUCAGUGUAGAACCUAUGAGAAGGAAAUAGGUGCUGAACAAAUUUACACAUUGAGGUAAGAUCCUUGGCAAAGCAAAAACAUCAUAAAUAACACCAGGAAAUAGUGAAAUAAAAUGAACUCCUUUGUCCGAUUUUUUCUAAUAAACUGAAACUACCUGUAUUAUUCUCAUAAAACUUUACCUUUUAAUUAACAUGGAGUCACUCAGAAGAGCUUUCUAUAGACUCGUGAGCAAUCUGAAAUAUGUAACAGUAGAGCCACUAGUCACGCUGAUUUUCUUCGCUUUCAUGGUACGUGGUGUAUGUUAUCAACAAUUAAUGUUAGACAAAGCUUGUUAUAAUGAAAUCAGAUACUCAAGUGAUGUUUGCUCAAAUCUCAACGAUGAAAAAUACAAACUACAGAAAGAUGAGGUUCAAAGAAUGGCUAAUAAUUACCACAUGGGAACAACAAUUGUUUCAACUCUUCCCGCUAUUAUUCUUUCAAUUUUUAUUGGACCUUGGAGUGAUAAAUAUGGAAGAAGGUAUCCUUUAAUAGUAGCUCUUCUUGGCUUUCUUCUUGAAGGUAUUGGAGUCAUUAUUGUUACUGCAAGAUUUGAAUUACCACUUUACUUUAACCUUUUAAUUCAUAUCCCUUCUGGAUUAAGUGGAGGUAUGAUUAUGAUCUUUACUUCUGUCUACAGUUAUAUUAGUGACGUCUCUGACACCGAGUCUAGGCCAUUCCGAUAUGCCCUUUUAGAAAUGGGAGUGGUUCUUGGAGCUCCUUUAGGAACUCAGGUUGGUGGACAAAUCUACAAACAUCAUGGAUACAUUCCAGUGUUUUCGACAUCUUUAGUAUUUAUUAUAUUGUCUGUUGCAUACGUUAUCUUUAUUGUCAAAGAAUCCAAGAAAAUAAGUAAAGACGUAAAGUUAAAGACAGUUGCACUGGAUUUUUUCUCAGUUGAUAAUGUCAAGGAAAGUCUAUCAACUUGUUUGAAGAAGAGACCCGGAAAUGCUCGAUUACAGAUAUGGCUUCUGAUUAUUGCAAUCUGUUUUCAACUCUUUGUGAACAUGGGGACCUUUACAAUCGCAUAUCUUUACACACUGAAGAUGUACAAAUGGGAUGUGGCACGUUACUCUAAUAUUUAUGCCAUCUUCAGUGUCAUCUCUGCCUUCACGACAAUAGUUGCAGUGCCUUUCCUAACUCGUUUCGUCAAAAUUCGAGACGUAGCUCUUGGGCUAAUUGGAAUAUUAUCUAUGCAGGCAAAAUGCGUAUUUCUGGCAAGUUCAUUUGAAGAAUGGGUGUAUUUACUGGGGUUAAGUGCAAGCAUAUUACAUGGAACCAGUUCGAUAGCAAUUCGGACUCGUCUCUCAAAAAUGGUGGCCAAAGACGAAUUAGGUAAAGUGUUUUCACUCAUGGCAAUGUGUGAGUCUGCCAUCCCCGUACUUGGUACAGUUAUAUGGUCACAGGUUUAUAACAACUCGCUAGAGUUCUACCCAGGACUCACGUAUCUCGUUUGUGCUAUAGUAUUAAUUAUACCGUUGACCAUUUUCAUAUGGCUACUCUGCAGUCAAGAUGUCUACCACACACUAGAAGAAGAAAAUGAUGUUAAAAUUACACAGCUAAAUGAAGUAGCCAAUGCCGUUAUUGGCGAGGAGAAGAAAGUUUAAACCCCCCCAAAAAAUCAGUAAAAGAUGGAUCUAAAUGUUUAUUUUUAAUGCAAUUAUCUAUGUAAUUAGAAGAAAAAAAAGCUUUAUAAAGUAUGAAAAAUACGUAACAGUUAUGAAAUAGUGCAUAUGGUACGGAAAAUAAUAUAAUGUUGGGAAGUGUACAUAUAUCUGAUUAGGAACUAAAGGAUAUUAGAAAGCUUAAUUAUUUUAUUUAUAUGAAAUAUUAAAUUCAGUUUAGAAAAUGUGUGCGUUUUUCAGCCAGAUCAAAGAUGUGAAAGAAUGUACAAAGAAGUCGUUUCAAAUUUACCAUCAUUGUAUUAUAAUUUUUCAAAAAUGUCAAAGCCAUCAAAUAACAAUAGCUGUUUUAAAUCUUAUCUAAUUUGUAGUUUGAAAUAAACCCGAAAAAAUUAAUUAUUGACAGAUAUUUAAAUAUUUCAGCAGAAAAUGAGUUGUGCGCAAAGUUACAACCAGCAAGGUUACAAUCAGCUAAUGUAUAAAUGUGUACUGAACUCCUCUUGUGUUGUUUCUUUUGUGGAACGACGUUUUGGUCUCUGUAUUGUAUAAAUGUGUACUGAACUUCUCCUGCGUUGUUUCUUGUGUGGAACGACGUUUUGGUCUCUGUAUUGUAUAAAUGUGUACUGAACUUCUCCUGCGUUGUUUCUUGUGUGGAACGACGUUUUGGUCUCUGUAUUGU